CAAUAAUGCCUUGAUAAACCUCGAACGCAGCAACAAACCAACAAUUUGAACCUCGAAUCUCUCAGCUCCAAUCUAUCUACACGCUUAUUUACUACAUAUUUGCUAUUUAUUUACUGCUCAUCUGGCUAAAACUUUCUUUAUAUAGCCACAAUGGCACCAAUAAGCACCAAACCCGCAGCCCGACUCGUCCGAUGCAACCUCCCAAUAUAUGAUUUUCUAACCCCACGAUUCUCCCAAACCAUCCGCACACGAGCUCUCCACACAUCACCUCGAGACCGCACCGCAGCCGCAGCAGCAGCUGCACCCUCCCCCAACACCCCUCCCGCAGCCACGUCGUCCACCCCAUCACCGGCCUCCAAGCCUUCCAAGCCCCUAACCCAGGCCCAACGAGACUUCCUCUCCAGCGCCCUGCGCGUCAACCAAGCUGGCGAGCUCGCCGCAACCCUCAUCUACCGCGCCCAAACCCCCCCCAUCGUCGCCUCCCACCCCCACCUCCGCACUCUCAUGAAACACAUGUACGACCAAGAAGCCGCCCACUUCUCCACCUUUAACGCCCUCCUCGCACGACAUCGCGUGCGUCCCACAGCCCUCUACCCCGUCUGGGUCGCCGCCGCCACCGCGUUAGGGUGGGGUACCGCGUUCCUUGGCCGCGAAGCAGCGAUGGCGUGUACGGAGGCGGUGGAGACGGAGAUAGGGGGGCAUUAUAAUGAGCAGGUAGCAAGCUUGUUGGAGAUGGUGAAGGGGAUGGAGGAGGAGGCGGUGGAGGUGGGGGAAGAGUUGAGGGGGUUGGUGGGGGAGAUUAGACGGAUUAGGGAUGAGGAGUUGGAGCAUUUGGAUCAUGCGGUGGAGAAUGAUGCGAGGUUGGCGGUGCCGCAUGAGUUGUUGACGGGGGUUAUUAGGGUGGGUUGUCGGGGGGCGAUUUGGGUUAGUGAGAGGGUGUAA